AUGAGUGACCGAGCCGAGAUGAGAGGGCCCGGAGCCCGACAAAGGAGGACGACUAUUACUGGCAGCGUCAAGCAGCAAGCCAACGGCGGCAAGUCGCACACUAGCGCCGUUGGGGACAAAUCAAUGCCGUAUCCUGGGAGGAAGACCGAGGUAACGGCCAGGCGUCUUAAUAACAACGACGGAAAGGCGGCUAGAGAACUGGGCCAGCAAUCUGCAGAUAAAAACAGCACGCCGGUUAGUCCAGUGGACGAAAUAAGCGAGGGACUCAGCUGCCAUGUCCAGCAGGAGUCCCUUCUCAGCUCUGCCAGUGGCUUUAGUAACUACAGAGGAAUCCUCAACUGGUGUGUUGUCAUGCUGGUGCUGAGUAAUGCACGCCUCUUCCUGGAGAACAUAAUAAAGUAUGGUAUUCUGGUAGACCCCAUACAGGUGGUGUCCCUCUUCUUGAAAGACCCUUAUAGCUGGCCAGCUGCCUGCCUCAUUAUUGUUUCCAACGUUUUCAUAUUGGCAGCUUUGUAUACAGAAAGACGUCUCGCUGUGGGAACUGUGUCCGAAACCAUCGGCUUGAUUCUUCACAUAUUCAACCUGACCUCACUACUGAUUUUUCCUUCCGCAACUGUCCUCUCUGUCACCUCUAUUACCCCUGUGGGAGGAAUUCUUUCCUUGGGAAUUUACACAGUGCUGUUCCUCAAGCUGUACUCCUACCAGGACACCAACAGGUGGUGCCGCGAGAUCAGACAAGCCAAAGCCAAGAGACUGACCCGCUCCUACUCAUGCCCAUCUGUGGCUCAGUCCAAUGGAUCAGCAGUGCACACAAACGUGUCCUACCCUGGGAAUCUCACACACAGAGACAUGUACUACUUUGUGUUUGCCCCGACACUCUGCUACCAGCUGAACUUCCCACGCUCGCCCCGGAUACGCAAGCGCUUCCUCCUCAGGAGACUCUUUGAAAUGUUGUUUUUCAUGCAACUGCUGGUGGGGCUAAUACAGCAGUGGAUGGUUCCAACAAUACAAAACUCAAUGAAGCCGUUCCAGGAAAUGAACUUUUCUCGAAUGGUGGAACGUCUGCUAAAGUUGGCAGUCCCCAACCAUUUAAUCUGGUUAAUCUUCUUCUAUUGGUUCUUCCACUCGUCCAUGAAUUUCGUGGCUGAGCUGCUGCAAUUCGGGGACCGGGAGUUCUACAGAGACUGGUGGAACUCUGAGAGCGUCACCUACUUCUGGGCCAAUUGGAACAUCCCAGUUCACAAGUGGUGCCUGAGACAUUUCUACAAGCCGAUGUUGAGGAGAGGUGUCAACAAACUAGUUGCUCAAAGCGCCGUCUUCCUGUUGUCUGCCUUUUUCCACGAGUAUUUGGUGAGCGUCCCGCUGAAGAUGUUCCGACUCUGGGCCUUUAUGGGCAUGAUGGCUCAGGUUCCUCUUGCUUGGUUCGUCGGGCGCUUCCUGAACGGUAUCUACGGCAACGCGGCUGUUUGGAUGUCGCUCAUCAUCGGCCAACCUGUGGCCGUGCUGAUGUACGUGCAUGACUACUACAUCCUGCACUAUAGCACAUAA